GCGAGCUUCUCCCGGCCGCCCCGCCUCCCCCCUGCACACACCGCUCCAGCCCCGAGACUGAUUGCGGAGCGCGCGGCGGGACGGCAGCGCUCCGGAUCGCCGCCCAGCGCCUCGGAUUCGGGACAAAGGACCGGGGCUCCGCCGCGCUCAGCCUCCGGCCCGGGAAGGAUGGCGACCCGGCCGCGUUAGGAAGCUGCAGGCAGCAGCAAGUCGCAGCAGGCGGAUUUUGAUUUCGUUUUUCUCUGCUCAAGUGGCCCCCUCAGACAAAAUGGAUCGAGCCUCUGCUUUGCCUGCCUGGGGGAAUCGGAUUGCUCGGCCCCGUUAGGUGGCUGGCUGGCUGCAGCAGGGCGAGGAGAAGAAGCCCACCCUGGAAGGCUGCUGCUUUCUCGGGACAGCGCCCAUCAUGGCCGCAGAUUUCCAAGUCGUAUCACUGGAAUGUGUUCCUUAAGGAGAACCACACGUCUUGAUUUUCAUUGCAUGGAUUCCACUGUGCAGGGCUUUGCAGAGUGGUGGAGCUGGAAUGGGAAACCACAGCCACAACCACACCUGCGAAACGGAUGAUUCCUUCAAAUACAACCUCUACGGUGCCGUCUACAGCGUGGUGUUCAUCCUGGGCUUGAUCACCAACUGCGUCUCUCUGUUUGUCUUCUGCUUCCGCAUCAAAAUGCGGAGUGAGACGUCCAUCUUCAUGACCAACCUGGCCAUCUCGGACUUACUCUUUGUGUUCACUCUCCCUUUCAAGAUAUUCUACAACUUCAACAAGCACUGGCCCUUCGGAGAUCCUCUCUGCAGGAUUUCCGGGACAGCUUUCCUGACCAACAUCUACGGGAGCAUGUUGUUCCUCACCUGCAUCAGCGUGGACCGCUUCCUUGCGAUCGUCUACCCGUUUCGGUCUCGUACUGUUAGGACAAGACGAAAUUCGGCCAUCGUGUGUGUCGGGGUAUGGGCCCUGGUCCUCAGUGGAGGGAUCCCGGCGUCCUUGAUUUCCACCACAAACUCCUAUAACAAUAGCAUAACAUGCUUUGAAGGCUUCUCUAAAAGCAUAUGGAAAACCUAUUUGUCCAAGAUCACAGUAUUUAUUGAAGUCUUUGGCUUCAUUAUCCCCCUGACACUCAACCUGACAUGUUCAUUGUUGGUUCUGAGGACUCUCCGGAAACCUGCCACCCUCUCCCAAAUUGGCACCAACAAGGAGAGAGUCCUCAAGAUGAUCGUCGUGCAUUUAACCAUCUUCGUUGUCUGUUUUGUGCCCUACAAUUCCAUCCUCUUCUUAUAUGCUCUUGUCCGUUCACAGGCUAUUGCCAACUGCUCUCUGGAGAAAUUUGCAAAGACAUUGUAUCCGAUUACAUUGUGCAUUGCUACGCUCAACUGUUGCUUUGACCCUUUUGUCUAUUACUUCACAUCAGAGUCAUUCCAGAAAUCGUUCUAUAUCAGCCCCCACAUCAAAACUGAUUCCAUUUUUAAGACUGAAAGCCCUCUAACGAAGGCUCUCCCACCAGCAAUACAGGAAGAGAUAAGUGACCAAGCUGUUGUUACGAAUGGGAGGGAGCUGAUGUCUGAGUCAAACUUUUGAUAUGGAAGCUCUCUGCACUAGCAGUGUCUUGGGGUGUGGAUUUUAGCAUGCUCCUCGUCUGUCUUCAAGGAGGACACCCAUUUCAAAGCAUGAAAGGUGGGAAACACACACAAAACGUUCCACACACACAGAGGCAGAUGUUCUUUCUGCCUUCUGAUAACAAGUCACCAUCAUCAUAUUAAUUCAAAUAACUUUGCCCAAAUGUAUGUCUGCUUUUGAAGCUAUGAAAUAAUAAAAAUAUUUCAUCUUU